CGAAGAAGAGACAGAGCCGCUAGCUAAUGUUGCUAACUAACACGGAAGCAGCACAGCGUGCGAACUGCUAGCAUUAAAUCGACUAAAGAAGGUGCCCUUGCUUUUUUUGAAAGCUUUCAGGCUUGGAUCCGAGGGCCUGUACCAUUUGUCUUGAACUCAUCAUUUGCAACUGUCAUGGCCACAUCCCUGGUCUAGAUUUUUAUUUUUGUCUAAAUUAAGGAAUUGGAAGCGGAUGGACUAAGUUUCGGAUUGGAACUAGGAUUAGGAUAAGGACCACUUCCACAGCUAUUUGUGAAAGCAAGAAGUGAUCUUAAGGGAGAAGAAGGACUUGGAGCUCACUGUUCAAUUAACAGCCUGUAGUAGUGCAAACAGACUAACAUCCGCAGGUGCCCCCAUUCUGUGUCAGCAGUGCAACUCACUCAAUCACCAUGUCGGACGGCCGGAUCUAUGUGGGGAAUCUUCCUGUGGAUGUCCAGGAGAGAGACAUUGAGGAUCUCUUCUACAAAUAUGGAAAAAUCCGUGACAUUGAAUUGAAGAAUAAUAGAGGCACUAUCCCUUUUGCCUUCGUCCGAUUUGAAGACCCACGGGAUGCAGACGAUGCCGUCUAUGGAAGGAAUGGAUAUGGAUAUGGAGACUCCAAGCUGCGUGUGGAGUAUCCUCGAUCCUCUGGUGCUAAAUUUGGUCCUAUGGGAGGUGGUGGUGGAGGAGGAGGAGGACCUAGGGGAAGAUUUGGACCCCCAACUCGAAGAUCUGAAUUCCGGGUCAUAGUGUCUGGGUUACCACCAACUGGGAGCUGGCAGGAUCUGAAGGAUCAUAUGCGCGAGGCAGGAGAUGUUUGUUUUGCAGAUGUGCAGCGUGAUGGAGAGGGUGUGGUGGAGUUUCUCCGUAGAGAGGACAUGGAGUAUGCAUUGCGCAGACUGGAUCGGACUGAGUUCCGUUCACAUCAAGGCGAGACUGCCUACAUCCGUGUCUAUGAGGAGAGGGGCACUCCCAACUGGAAUCGGUCGCGUUCUCGCUCCAGAUCCAGGGGUCACUAUUCACCUCCCUACCAUAACAGAGGAUCUCCCCCGCCAAGAUACCAGUCACCUCCACGCCAUGCUAUGUCGCGCCAUAGCCCACCCCCCAGGAGGCACCCUCCACAGCACCAUAGCCCACCGCCACGUCAUUACCGGUAAAAAGGCCAGCCAUUUAUAGAGGAAUUGGGGGAAAAUAUUUUGUAAUUCUACUUUUUAUUUUUAUUUUUUUAACCCCAGGCCUCCUCAUAGGAUACGUCAUAAUUUCUUGCUACAAACAUUCCAUGGUCAUGAUCACCUGAAUACCCUGCUCCCCCCCACAGCCUUAAAGUCUUUUUCUUUGUUCUGUAAACACCCAUAUGUGUUAUGUGGAAUCUAAAAACAAUUUUUAGCGAGGUAACUAUUUGAUUAUCAUAUAACAUAAUGGAGGUUUCUUUUAUAAAGAAAUCUGGGUUGUGAAGUCAAACCUCGACAUGGUAAUGUCUAAUGUCCAAAACAAGUAACGCGAUGAUGCAGCCAUCAAGCUAAAUGUCAUACUGCUUCUUGCUUCUUGACAAGAUUCUCCUUAUUGUGUGUUGCAUUUCUGUAGCUUUAAGUAUGAAGUAUUUGCCAAUCUAAGAACCUGUGAAGCUGAUCAGUAUCCUACUCUGAUUUGAAACGUAAGAUUUAUGAGCCUUUUUAAAGUAGUGACACGUUUACUGUGGGCCUCACCUGUCAGAUUAUUUUUUAAUGUGUGAACCUCUGACCGAGGCGGCCUGUAGGUGGACUUUAAUUUGUAUGCGUCUCUAAUGUUGUGUUUUGUUUUUUUUUCUUUACCAAUAAAAAGUAAACUUUUA